GACAGUAUCGGGUGUUGGUACUAUUGUCAGUGAGCUUCUUUUAUUCUUUUUUUUGGUUGUACAGAUGAAACUUCUUUCUGCAACUCCUGGAAAAAUUGUUUGUGAAAUGAAAGUAGAGGAGGAGCACACAAACAGAGGUGGCACAUUACAUGGAGGUUUGACAGCUACACUUGUGGAUGUGGUGUCAACAGCAGCGUUGCUGUACACAGAAAGAGCGCUGCCCGGGGUCAGUGUGGACAUGAACAUCACAUAUACUUCUGCUGCUAAGAUGGGAGAAGAGAUACUGAUUACAGCUCAGAUUUUGAAGCAAGGAAGAAAUCUUGCAUUUGCCACCGUGGAUUUAACAAAUAAAGCAACAGGAAAGUUAAUUGCACAAGGUAGACAUACAAAGUAUCUAGGAAAUUAAUAUAAGAAAAUAAUUUAAAAAAAAAAUAUAAUGUUGGGCUUAAGAAUCCCAUAUAGAAUUAUUUUUCCCAUUAUGCAGUAAGACAUUUGCACAAAGUUGUGUUAAUCUAUAUAAAGUGAAUUUGUCUUGCUCAUAAUAAACGAACAAAUUUCUUAAUUACCACUGGAGUGGCUACAAGCCU